GGAGGUCGCCCGGCCGAGCAGCCGAACGACCACAGACGACUUCUCGAUUCGACAGUACAUGGAGGCCUUGCGAGCUGCGAGCGAGACGGACUGGGCCGGAGUGCUCGAGAGUAGCGGCAUGGGCGGGGCGAACGGAGUCGUCCUCAACGACCGGCUCAUGACCGAGGCUUCGCUGGGCGUGAUCUCGCAGCUGAGUUCCCUGGGCUCCCUCAGCACCCUCGGCUCCAUCAGCACCAUCCUGGCGGCGCAGCAGCAGGAGACGCCGACGGUCAAGGUGGAGCACUCGUACAGCCUGGCGAGCGAGCGGAGCGAAGCCGACUCGUCCCUCUCAGCUCAUGUCUUCGGGGCUGCGUUAGUGGCGCAAGAGCCCUCGCACGACCCUUAA